AUGGAUAUAAAUGCUGCUGGCAUAAGGAAAUGCACCUUGACACAAUGUAAGGAGAUGACCAUUGAUAUGGUAGAAUGUACCAGAGCAAAGACAAUGCAGAAUAUAAUUGUCCAUAGCACUACAGGGGGACCUCAGACAUUUAUUCCUGCGAAACCUGGUGAAGAGUACCUUAUUUCCAUUCAGAGGGAUGACUAUAAAACAAAUGAAGAUAGCACAGGUUAUCAAAGGUGGUGUGGACAGUGGCUAUUACCCACAUCUUCAGAAUCAACAGAUAUCCAUUCAGGAAGGGCUACUUUUGAAGUAAUAACAUCUGAGGCAUCAUACCUUAGAAGCCUAAAUGUAGUAGUGAACCACUUUAAGAAGUCUCGAGAGUUAUCAGAGGUGCUUUGUUCCAGGGACAGACACACCCUUUUUUCUAAUAUCCAGGAGGUGAAGGAUGCCAGUGAAAGCUUUCUUCUUGAAUUGGAAGAGCAUCUGGAGAAGAAUGUUUUCCUGACCGAUAUUAGUAAAAUUGUCUUGAAACACUGUCCACCCUUCAGGAAGGUCUAUGUCCCAUAUGUCACCAAUCAGAUGUACCAGGAACAACUUAUGCAACAACUUGGGCAUGGAAAUAUGAAGUUUCUUCAGGUUCUGAGGAAGCUGGAAGAACAACCUUUAUGUCAGAGGCAACUACUAAAGUCAUUUCUUGUCCUUCCUUUCCAGAGAAUAACACGUUUAAAAUUGCUUCUGGAGAAUAUUCUAAAGCUGACCGUAGCUGCCACGGAGCCAGAUGACUUGAUACGGAGUGCGAUAAAAGCUGUUGGCGAGAUUGUUUUGGAGUGUAAUGACAAUGUACGAAAGAUGAAGCAGACAGAAGAAUUGGUACGGUUAGAGACUCGCUUGGAAUUUCCAAAGACAAAGUCUAUUCCACUUAUAUCACGAGAUCGCUGGUUGGUUCGUGAAGGAGAACUUGCACAAAUCAAAGAAGUGAGUGGAGGAUGUGGUACUAAGUAUUCGAUGGAAGCCAUUUAUCUUCAUCUUUUUAAUGACCUUCUCCUGUUGUCAAGGAAAAAGGUGUAA